GCGGGGUGUGUCGCAGAAGGAAACAGGACGUUUCCUAACUAUUGAAAGGUUCAUCUUUUAUCCGCACUUUCACUUGAAUCCUCUUUGCUAAAUAUCUGACCCGCCCGUGUUGUGUUGAAGAGGAUCCAGGUCCAAACAGGAAAAAAAGGGGUUUAAUUGAAAACAUAUCCAAACUAAAUCCUAAAAUGGCUUAUCAUGGAUACGGUGCAGCUCCCGGCGGGUUCCCACCAGCGCAGCAGGAUCCUAUGUAUGGAUAUUUUGCAGCUGUAGCAGGACAGGAUGGACAGAUCUCAGCGGAUGAGCUGCAGCGUUGUCUCACACAGUCCGGCAUGUCUGGCUCAUACAAACCUUUCAGCCUGGAGACCUGCAGACUGAUGAUCAGCAUGUUGGAUAGGGAUUAUUCCAGCACCAUGGGAUUUAAUGAGUUCAAGGAACUGGGGCAGGUUCUGACCGGCUGGAGGAACGUCUUCGCAUCUUACGACAGGGACCACAGUGGAACCGUGGAGGGCCAUGAACUGCAGCAGGCCAUCGCCGGCCUGGGGUAUAAUCUGAGUCCUCAAGCCAUGAACAUCAUCAUGAAGCGCUUCAGUACAAAUGGUAGGAUUCCCUUUGACGAGUUUGUAAGCUGCUGUGUAAAACUGCGAGCUCUGACAGAUCAGUUCAGGAGGAGAGACCAGAGCCAAACUGGACACGCGUCAUUUGGUUAUGACGAUUUCAUUCAGGUCACCAUGAACAUCUGAAGAACAGAAGCAAGACAUCUCAUAAUAACAGCAUGCUAUUUCUGUAUUUUUAUGUGUAAUCAUUGUUUACCAGUAGGAUUUAAUGUCACUGCCACAUUCCAUUUUAAUACAUUUUAACAUGUAAUAUAUACAGUAACUAUGUAACAGUUGGAUUUAAACCUGAACCAAUGAUAACCACUAGAGUGCCUGUAUUAUUAUCACUCUUUACCUCACAUUUAACCCUGUUAGACUAAAGUGUUAACCAACAUUCAACUGUAAACAUGAAAUAAAUGAACUUCAUUGGAAACCAGACA